AUGGAGGCCGCCGCCGGCGCCACCGCAGGCUCAAAGCUCGAGUUCUGGGGGCGGGGCCAUCGCAGCCUCAUCGGGGAGCAGCGUCGCCAGGGCGGCGCCGACGCGGCCGCCGAUUGUCAGCCGCGCUACGGCGGGCAGCAGGCGCGCGGCCGCGGCGACGCGCUUCCACCAGAGAGCGAGCCGCGGCGUGCCAGCGCGACGGCGAGCCUCCCGUCGUUCACGUACAACCGGUCGGUGAAGCACAACGUGACGGGCGGUGGCGCCGGCGAGGAGGCGGCGACGUGCUCGGUGUGCCUGGGCGCGUUCCAGGACGGGGAGACAGUGCGGCUGCUGCCGGUGUGCCUGCACCUGUACCACGUCGAGUGCAUCGAUCCGUGGCUGGAGGCGCACUCCUCGUGCCCGAUCUGCCGGACACGCCUGGAGCCGGCAGUGGACGGCGGCCUUCUGCCGCCGGUUUAA